AUGCCUUGGCUACGAUGGUCUCCGUGUCUGCUCCUCACUCUCUGUUUUUUGUCUAUCACCGGUUCGGUUCACGUGGUUAGAGCUCAAAAUCGAACCGGAGCCACUACUCAUCCCGACGAAGCGCAUGCUUUAAACUCCAUCUUCGCGACAUGGAAUAUCCGGGCGUCGAGUCAAUGGAACAUCACCGGCGAGCUUUGCUCCGGCGCCGCCAUCGACAGCUCUGUCACCGUCGAAAACCCUUCCUACAACCCUAUAAUCAAAUGCGACUGUAAUUUCGUCAACUCCACAAUAUGCCGCAUCACAGCCCUGAAAGUUUUUGCGAUCGAUGUUGUUGGAACUAUACCUGACGAGCUCUGGACUUUGGAAUACCUCACAAAUCUGAACUUGGCUCAAAAUUUUCUGUCAGGACCUUUGUCGCCUGCAAUUGGAAACCUGACUCGAAUGGAGUGGAUGACUUUUGGGAUCAAUGCGUUGUCUGGCCCUGUUCCUAAAGAAAUCGGUUUGCUUACGAAUUUGAAAUCACUUAGCAUAAGCUCAAAUAACUUUUCCGGUUCUAUACCACCAGAGAUUGGGAGUUGUACAAAACUACAACAAAUCUACAUAGAUAGUUCAGGACUUAGCGGAGGAAUACCUUCAUCAUUUGCUAAUCUUGUGGAGCUCGAAACAGCUUGGAUUACGGAUCUAGAAGUCACAGGUCGUAUACCGGAUUUUAUAGGAAAUUGGAUCAAACUUACUACCUUGAGAAUUCUCGGAACUGGUUUUAGUGGUCCAAUACCGUCGUCGUUUUCUAACUUAACUGCUUUGACAGAACUGAGGCUAGGUGAUAUAUCCAAUGGAAGCUCUUCUCUUGAAUUCAUCAAAGACAUGAAAGCUCUAAGUAUAUUAGUAUUGAGGAACAGCAAUCUCACAGGGACAAUACCAUCUAAUUUUGAAGAAUACUCAAGUUUGCAACAAGUUGAUUUAAGCUUCAACAAACUACAUGGAUCAAUACCGGCUUCACUUUUUAACUCAAGUCAAGUUACUCACUUGUUUCUGGGGAACAACACGUUGAAUGGUUCCUUGCACAAUCAAAAGAGCCAGUCUUUGAUAAAUAUAGAUGUGUCGUACAACAAUUUGUCUGGAACUCUUCCUUCAUGGGUCAGCUUACCAAACUUGAAACUCAACCUAGUUGCUAACAACUUCACACUGGAAGGUCUUGACAACAGGGUUUUACCAGGACUGAGAUGCAUGCAGAAGAACUUCCCCUGCAAUCGAGGCAAAGGAAUAUAUUCUGACUUCUCGAUCAACUGCGGAGGUCCAGAGAUAAGGUCUGUUACCGGAGCACGCUUUGAGAAAGAAGACGAGGAUCUUGGACCAGCUUCUUUCUUCGUGAGUCCUGCUCAGAGAUGGGGAGCAAGUAGUGUAGGACUUUUCGCCGGAAGUAGCAAUAACACGUACAUAGUUAACUCACAAUCACAAUUCAUCAACACUUCGAACUCAGAGCUUUUUCAAUCAGCAAGACUCUCUCCAUCUUCCCUAAGGUAUUAUGGGUUAGGGCUGGAGAAUGGAGGCUACACUGUAACACUUCAGUUUGCUGAGAUUCAAAUCCGAGGCUCUAACUCUUGGACAGCUCUUGGAAGACGACGUUUUGACAUUUAUGUCCAGGGAAGACUUGUUGAAAAGGACUUUGACGUACGCAGAAAUGCUGGUGGCUCUGCUGUUAGAGCAGUUCAGAGAGAUUAUAAAGCAAAUGUAACUGAAAACUACCUCGAGAUUCAUCUGUUUUGGGCUGGGAAAGGAACAUGUUGUAUUCCUAAUCAAGGGGUUUAUGGGCCAUUGAUAUCAGCUAUUAGUGCAACACCAGAUUUUACACCAACUGUGAGCAAUAGGCCACCAUCAAAGGGAAAGAACAGGACUGGUGUUAUUGUUGGUGUCAUUGUUGGUGUUGGACUUUUGAGCAUCUUUGCGGUUGUGGCUAUCUUCAUCAUUCGAAAACGAAGAAACCCGUACACAGACGAUGAAGAGCUACUUGGUAUGGAGAUAAAGCCUUACACUUUUACUUACUCGGAACUUAAAACUGCAACUAAAGAUUUCGAUCUCUCAAACAAGCUUGGAGAAGGAGGAUUUGGACCUGUUUAUAAGGGAAACCUCAAUGAUGGAAGAGAAGUAGCUGUGAAGCAGUUGUCCGUUGGAUCACGGCAAGGGAAAGGACAGUUUGUUGCAGAAAUCGUAACGAUUUCUACAGUUUUACAUCGCAACCUAGUAACACUUUACGGUUGCUGCUUUGAAGGAGAUCAUCGUUUGCUAGUAUAUGAGUAUCUCCCUAAUGGAAGUCUCGAUCAGGCACUAUUCGGGGAUAAGAAGAGUUUACAUCUUCAUUGGUCAACACGUUUUGAGAUAUGCCUAGGAGUAGCCAGAGGUCUAGUCUAUCUCCACGAGGAGGCUAGGGUUCGUAUAGUGCACAGGGAUGUGAAGGCCAGCAACAUUCUUCUUGACUCCGAACUUGUCCCAAAAGUUUCCGAUUUCGGUCUUGCUAAGCUUUACGAUGACAAGAAAACCCACAUAAGUACCGGAGUUGCAGGAACAAUUGGAUAUCUUGCGCCAGAGUAUGCAAUGCGUGGACAUCUAACGGAGAAGACAGAUGUGUAUGCCUUUGGUGUUGUGGCUCUUGAGCUAGUGAGUGGAAGGCCAAACUCUGAUGAGAAUUUGGAGGAUUCGAAAAGAUAUCUUAUUGAAUGGGCAUGGAAUCUACACGAGAAAGGUCGUGAAGUCGAGCUUAUAGAUGAGAAGCUAAGUGUGUUCAACAAGGAAGAAGUGAAGCGUGUGAUUGGCAUUGCUCUGUUAUGCAUACAAUCGUCUUAUUCCUUGAGACCACCGAUGUCACGAGUGGUGGCCAUGUUGACCGGUGAUGUUGAGGUCAGUGAUGUCGUUUCUAAACCGGGCUACCUAACCGACUGGAGAUUUGAUGACAUCACCACCACUACUACUACUUCUCGAAGUGGCUUUGAAACCAAAGAGACAGGUGCUUAUAAUGGCUCCAAGAUGUCACUAGGAAGCAUAGAUUCUCAGCCAAUGCUUGGAGCCAGUAUCAAUUUAGGAAGAUGA